CAACUUAAAACAACCAUUUACUACUAAUUUCAGUAUAAUUUCACCUUCAUAUAUCUAAUCACACCCUUGUUCAACAAAAAAACCCAUCCCUCUCUUUCCUCUUUCACCCAUGAAUCCAACCCAUCUCACCUCAAAAUCAUAAACCCACAACACCAAAAUCAAAAUCACAAAAAUCCCAAAAAAAUUCCCAAAAAGAUCAAAAAAGAACACAACCCCACAUACCUGACACACACCCAUAUCUCAAGAUUCACAAAUAUUCAAACCCACAAAUGGAAAAAGAUCAAGAAAGAUGAAAUCUUGAUUGAUUUUCUUGAAAAGAUCAAACCUUUUUUAGUUUUCUUGAAUUUCUGGGUGAUUGGUUUUGAAGGGUAGUAUGUAUAGAUCUGGAGCUGUGAUGGCUUGGAAUGUGUUUAGAUUUUGUACGGCACUCAGAGGGUUAGGUUCUGUAAUGAUCUUGUUGGUUCUUGGUGUUGUGGGUGUUUCUUAUUACGCCGUCGUUUUGUCCAUCUAUGGCCCUGCUUUGACUUCUGGUGGUCUUGAUUCGUUCAUUGCACUUGUUGUGUUGGUCUUGUUUCAUACUCUGUUGGUAAUGCUAUUAUGGAGUUAUUUCUCUGUGGUUCUUACUGACCCUGGUGGUGUGCCACCUAACUAUAGACCGAUAGUAGAUGAAGAAAGAGGGGAUGUUGACCGGUUGACUGGAUCCGAAUUCAGUUCGUUGACCACAUCCGAACCAACACACGCAAGAAUCCGCUAUUGUCGAAAGUGUAACCAUAUAAAACCUCCUCGUUGUCACCAUUGUUCUGUUUGUGGAAGGUGUGUGCUAAAAAUGGACCAUCAUUGUGUGUGGGUCGUUAAUUGUGUUGGUGCACAAAACUACAAGUACUUCCUUCUCUUCCUGUUUUAUACGCUUCUCGAGACAUCGCUUGUAACGUUAUCCUUGUUACCGUAUUUCGUAGCAUUCUUUAGUGAUGGAGAGAUUGCCGGGUCCCCCAGCACGCUAGCAACCACUUUUCUUGCCUUUGUUUUGAACUUGGCUUUCGCGUUGAGUGUUUUCGGGUUUUUGAUUAUGCACGCGUCGCUUGUUUCCGGGAAUACUACCACAAUUGAGGCGUACGAGAAGAAAACCAGUCCAAAAUGGCGAUAUGAUCUCGGCAGAAAGAGGAACUUUGAACAGGUAUUCGGGACCAGUGAAAGAUACUGGUUUAUUCCGGCUUACAGUGAUGAAGAUCUACGUAGAAUGCCGGCACUACAGGGUCUCGAGUACCCAUCAAAGCCCGAUUUGGAUUCCCAAGAGUUCUAAAACAUGACACGAAAAACAAACAUUUUUCUUCAUUUAUGGUAUACAUCAAACUGGUUACAACUAAUUUCGUUCGGGCCUCGGGUUUUAAGCAGUAGCACUUCAGGAUACAUACAUAGAAAGAUGGCUAUGAGAGCAGAUGAAGCGGAUUUCGACUUUAGACUAAUUGGGUUUUGAUGAAAUUACUGUAUGAUUUAAGUGUUAAGGUUCACACGAUAUGUACAUUAGUAACGUUUUCGCGAACUAAUCAUAAUUAGUGAACUAGUUCUUUUUGUGAUGGUUUGGUGUUUAAUGUGACAUUUGUGUCAAAA